AUGCCUAACAAGAUCUUCUUCGUUUGCCUCUUUGUGAGUCUGUUCUGCGCAGGCGCAUCACUGAGCUGCAGGUGGAUGGGGAAGUUCAGACAGUACAACGAAAAGUCUCUGACUCUGUUAGAAGGCAUGGUUACUAACUCCACUAACUCCACUGUGGAUGCUGCGGAGGAGGAUGCUGUGGCCUUCCCUGAUGAGCUCUACAAACACGCAUCCAAAGCAUCAGCUGAGGAUCGACUUGCCUUCACUGUGCAGAUUCUGGAGGAGGUUGCAGCCCUGUUUGAGGAGGACCGAAGCCCCUCAAACGAGACCGUAUGGGAGGAGACCACAGUGGAGAACUUUAUUAACCUGACAACCCAACAGGCCGACGGACUGCGCUCAUGUAUUGUGAGCCACAGCCACAAGAAGAAGAACAAGAAGCUGAGCUUGUACUUCAAGAGACUGUCACACCAUGCCAAGCAAAUGGUUCACAGCGCUGACGCCUGGGAACUGAUCAGGAAGGAAGCCCACGCUCAUUUACUGAGAGCAGACAUACUGGUUACAUCUGUUCUCACACCACUCAAAGACCAAGGUGUAGAACCAGCUCUGCAUUGCCUCCAAAAUCGCGCUAACCUCAGCUUACAGAGUACCACGUUGUCUACCUGA